AUGACAUCUCACAAACAAGACUACGAAGGAACUGAGAAAAUGUCUACUGACUCUGUGGAUGUCGAGGAACGCAAGCGCGUCUUUAAGUUUUAUAAAUGUUUUCCUGAUGAACCAAAACAGCUGGAAAAUCUGGAUACAUCUUUGAGCGCUUUCGUCACUACAACAACACUAACUAACUCAAUCAAUGGCUUCUUGGAACCAUCUUUUGUUCUACAGCACAAUCUCACUGAGGAAUUUUUUCUUCUCCGGUCCGCUAUCCCUGAACCUGCUUUUCUGCCCUUUUACGAAGAAGCUCUCUUUGACUGGCCAUUUGCUUCCUACGCAAGAAAUAACCUUUCGGAGUCAAAGAUCGAUUCAGGGUUCUGGUCCAAAAGUUUUCUUGAGUUUUCGAACCCUAGCGGAACCAAUCAACUUUUGGGUCGGUUGCGUUGGGUCACUCUCGGCUACCACUACGAUUGGGAAAAGAAAAUCUAUCCCCCAGGCUGUCAAUCACAAUUUCCAACAAAAUGUGGAGAUUUUUUCAAGUCUAUAGCGUUGACAAUAUCCGAAGUAAUUGGCGAUAGACGGGACCUACUUACUCAAAAAUCUUACUACGAUAACUUCAUUCCUGAGGCAUCUAUCGUGAAUUACUAUCGCAAAAGGACCACAAUGGGAUUUCACAUUGACGACUCUGAGGUUUGCAAACGCGCACCUCUGGUAUCCAUCAGCCUUGGCCGGCCAUGUAUAUUCCUUCUGGAAGCCUCAACAUGCAUUCCGGGACACCUACCUCACGGAAAUAUCGGUAAUACGGCAAAGACUAUAAUUCCCAUUCUACUGCAGCAUGGUGACAUAAUGGUGACUGGGGGUCAUAGCAGAUUGGCUUAUCAUGCCGUUCCCCGUUUGUUAUCAUGGCGAAAUGCUUCCCAAUGUCUGUCGCACGAUUUCUUUCCAAGCCUUCUCUCUGCAUUCAAAAAACGGUUUGGAGAAGAUGGAAUUCGCGAAAAUUUAGAGAAGUACGUCCUCACCACCCGAUUGAAUGUGAAUGUCAGACAGGUUAAUGAAUAA